GGCUGCUUUUCCUUUCACUUUCCUUCUCCACGUUGUGCUUUAAAAUAAUCAUUGACUGUUUUCAGUUUUACUUUAGGAGCAGCCGUUUCUCGGAAAUGCUGAAAGGAGGGGGAAACCAGCAGCAGAUGAAAACUCAAACACACUGCAUUUAAAAAUUAUUUUAAAGAAAAUACGUGCAGAAUCUCACAUUUAAAACCUGUAUUUGUGUAAGUUAAAACAUCAGUUUGAGCACAGAAAGAAAAAUCAUGCAAGGACAAUAAACCAUUUAGAAAUGCACACUUACACAACAACCAACUAAAGAGGCUUUAAGCUUGUACAAAGGCACUGCGAAAGUAUGUGUGCAAGCUGGGCUGAGUUUCAGUUUCAUUUUGAUAGCAGGGCUAUAAAAGAAGGGCCUCCUGCAGGAACAUUUCUAUGUAGCUGAAGUUUCUGCUCUGCACUUUCUAACCUGAUCAUGGACAGAAGACGCUACAGCUCAGACAGAGCCAGUGGCACAUACUUUACGAACAACAACGAAUUGAGGAUCGUGUUGGUGGGGAAGACCGGAUCUGGGAAGAGCGCCUCUGGAAACACCAUUCUGGGGCGAAAGUGUUUCGAUUCAAAGUGCAGCCCCAGAUCUCUGACGAUCAACUGCUCCAAAUGUAACAGCGAGCUGGACGGACAGCAGGUCGCCGUUAUCGACACGCCGGGCUUGUCGGACACCAGGUUCGACGAGGAAAAGACUGUUAAAGAUUUUAGCCGGUGCGUCCCGUUUGCCGCGCCUGGCCCCCACGUCUUCCUGUUGGUCAUCGCACUGAACAGAUUCACCGAAGAGGAAAAGAAAUCCGUGCAAAAGAUUCAGGAAAUCUUCGGGAAGACUGCAGAUAAAUACAGCAUGGUUCUCUUUACUCAUGGAGAUCUCCUUGAAGACACCAGCAUAGAAAAUUUCUUGUCUGAAAGCUCAGAGCUGCAGGAUCUUGUGAGAAGAUGCAACGGCCAGUAUCAUGUUUUCAACAACAAACUGGAGAAUAAAAAGCCUCAGGUCACUGAGCUGCUCCAGAAGAUCAGAACCAUUGUUGAUAAAAAUGGAGGAAGUCACUACACCAACGAGAUGUUCCAGGAGGCCGAGAGGAUAAUCGCAGUGAAGAAACAACAGAUCCUGAAGGAGAACGAAGAGAAGAUGCGCAAAGAGAGAGCAGAACUAGAGAAAGAAAUACAACUACAGUAUCAGAAAGAGAUGCAGAAGAUCAAUGAGCUUUUCGAGGCUGAGAGAGCGAGGGAAAGACAGGAGAGAGCGAGGGAAAGGAUGGAGGAAAAGAAGAUAAGACAAAGAGAAAAACAGGAAAGAGAGAAGGAAAGAAUGGAGAGAAAUAGGGAAAGAGAAGCAGAGAAGAUGAUGGCUAAAAUGCAGCUGGAUGAGCAGAGAAGGAUGGACGAGCAAUGGAGAACACAAGAAAGAGAGAGGGAGAGACAGGAGAGACAAAGAGAGAUGUACGCCAUGCAGGAUCAGAUGAACAGAGAGAGAGAAAAAGAACGGAGAGAGCAGGAAGAGAGACUGCAAGCCUGGCAUGCGUCACAACUCCAACAGCAGGAAGAGAGACUGCAAGCCCUGCAUGAUCAAGCAGCCAGAAGACAAGCUGAGGAAUCCACCAAAUCUGACUCCUUCUGUGUUAUUCUGUAAACAUUUGACAGACAUCGUCUUCCUUACAAGGUUAAACAAUUAUCUUUUCUUUGUUUCUUGUCAUAAACACCAAUCUGAACACGUUAGCAGUGUUGUGCAUUUAAACAUGCAUGUUGCUUCACUUUGUUAAAACUGUAGAAAUUAUUAUUUGUUCUGUGAAUGGAAGAUAAAUAAAAUAAGACUGAAAGAAUAA